AUGAAUGUAGUUAUGGAAGGAGGAUUGGAGGAAUCCCUAGAAGAUAAUAUUAUUUAUGCAAUAGCUAAGGUUUUGGACGAAAUUGUCUAAGAAACAGACAUUAUUGAGAGUCCAAUUUAAACAGUCUUUCAUACCAAUAAAAAACCCUAAAUCACAAUUUAUAAAUAUAUCGAGCGUAUCAAGAUGUACUCUUAUUGCAGCAAUGAAUGUUUCGUAUUGGCUCUGAUAUAUAUAGACAAAGUGCAGGAGAGGAACCAGGAUGUUGUUAUAAAUAGUCAUUGCGUUCAUAGGUUGAUAUCUAAUUGUUAUAACCAUAGAUUUCUGUUGGCCUGCAUUCUUUUGAGCAUUAAAUACAAUGAUGAUGACUAUUACAAGAAUGAUUACUACGCUCGAGUCGGAGGAGUUACGCUACAGGAGCUAAACUAGCUUGAAAGGGACCUAUUAACACUGUUGGAUUACUAACUAUUCGUUAGUUAAACUCAAUACUACUAUUACAAGGAAAAAUUGAUGAAAUAUGCAUAACUAUGA